AUGCCUACAGUAUUAGACAGAAACGAACAACUCGAUCAAGUGAGUGACUACGCACUUAAGGUGUAUGGAAAUCAUCCUCGCUGCAGCCAGUCUCAAGGUGUCACCAAGCAUGGCCUUGUGGUUGCAUCACGUAUAGAAUGGAAAAAUUGGCAACCUGGCAGUGAAUACAUUAAGCAUGUCCUGAUAAAGAAUACACAAUUAAAGAUGCAAAAAAUUACAUAUGAAAUUCCUGAAUCAAGAUUUUUCACGACAUUGUAUCCAAAACCAAUUAUUUUGAAUGCAGGGACCAGCUACUCUUUACCAAUUACUUUUCAUCCUCUAGAAAAAAAUGUCUACCGAGAUGUUUUGAAAUGUCACACUAAUAAUGAGGAUUUUGAUGUGGUGCUCUUGGCCUCGCUUCCCCUUGUCCAGGUUGUAUUUCCUGAAUCCCUUGUGAUGCCAAGAUGCACAGUGUAUGGCAGCAUUGAGGAAAGUUUCCAAGUAAAAAAUAUUGGGGAAACGGCCGUGGCAAUUAAGUGGUUAUUUGCUGAACCAUUUGAGAUAAAACCUAAAGAAUGUAUGAUGAAUGUUGGGACAACCUGUUCAUUUCAUGUAAUCUUUCGGCCAAAGUUUGCUAAAUUAUAUGAGGGUCUGAUGGUCUGCCAGUUUGGUUCAGAGGAAAUAAAAUACAAAAAACUGAGAAUAAUUGCACAAGGCAAAUACCCCCAUUUAUUGGCAUCUGUGUCUGGUGAACAGCCUGAAGAAUGCUUUGAUGGCCUAAAAACAAGUGUUCACUUUGAGGAUGUAGCAGUAGGAUUUACAAAACAAGAAGUUAUUAAACUAAAAAAUCUUUCCUUGGUUGAAGUUCCUUUCAAAGUUGAGCAUCCCAUGCAAAGUACAUUUACCAGAUUAGAUGUAGCAUUUGAUGUUCCAGUAAAAACUGGAUUGAUUCCUCCUCUGAGCUCUGUUGAAUUGCCAAUUCUUUUCACUCCUGGCAUUGUUGAUUUUGUCUAUGUCGAUUACUUCCAUGUUCUACCUGUUGGUGGUAUGACAAGAAACAUAAUCAAGUGUGUAGGAAACUCAGUAGGCCCAAAGAUUUGCAUGGAACCAAAUUAUGUGAAUUUCAAAAUCGUUAAUCUUGGCAAAGAAGCUACUGGUUCAAUACAACUAGUCAACCAGACAAACAUACCUGCAAACUAUCAGGUAGGUGCACUAUCAGAUAAGUUUUGUAUACUUUAA